UGAUCUCUAGCUGUUGACACACACCUCAGCGCACGCUCUAAGCCACGGAGACGGACACUCAUUGCUGCUAAUCACUGGUGGGAUGGAGGGGGGAUAGCCGUGUAGAUAUAUCUGCAUACCUCUUUUUUUUUCUUUUUAUGUUGUUUUUCUUUCUUUCUUUUUCUUUUUCUGGUACCUCCAACGCUCUUCAUGGAACUGACUGGCUUGGGGAGGACAGAAAAAGCAAUUCAGAAAGUGCGCUGAACUCAUCAGCUGACAUCAGCUUAAAACCGGGGGAAAUUUCUCUAUUUUGCAGCUGCCCUGUGCUGAGGGUGAACGGCCGCUACGCACACUUAUCAACGUCACUGUCACUGCCAUGCCUCGAUCUGGAGUUCCCCAGCACGCUUAGUUCUCUCUUCUACCUCAUCGCUUGGGCCCUCUGAUGCCUUCAUGACUCCAGGCCACCUGGUUCACAACUACCCAGUCCACUUCUACACCUGCUGGAAUCAUCCAGACACAUCCCUUGCAAAGGGUUACCUUUGCACUUGAUGCAUGGAUCCUGAAAGGACCGGGGGCAAAGGAAAGAGGAAGAACAUGUUCCUCUGGUGGAUUUUACUUUUCUCCCAAGGAUCUGUAUUUCACAGUGUUUGUGGGGAACUCCCUUUUGUAUCAAGCAACAAUGCAGCCAUGCUGGUAAACUGGAAUGCUGUUAACGGAAACAAGAAGCUGAUCGCCAUCUAUGACACCAGCGUCAAUGAACCGGGCAACAUGUCUUUUGUGAAGGAGACGGUGGAUAAACUACUUAAAGGAUACGACAUCCGACUGAGGCCGGACUUUGGAGGGCCCCCUGUCGCUGUUGGCAUGAGCAUAGACGUGGCCAGCAUAGACAUGGUGUCAGAAGUCAACAUGGACUACACAUUGACUAUGUAUUUCCAGCAGUAUUGGAGGGACAAGCGCCUGGCCUAUGUGGGAAUCCCUCUCAACCUGACACUUGACAACAGGGUUGCUGACCAGCUCUGGGUCCCCGACACCUACUUUCUCAAUGACAAGAAGUCUUUCGUCCAUGGAGUCACAGUCAAAAACCGCAUGAUCCGCCUGCAUCCAGAUGGGACUGUUCUCUAUGGACUCAGGAUAACUACAACAGCAGCAUGUAUGAUGGAUCUCAGGAGGUAUCCUCUGGAUGAACAGAACUGCACUCUGGAGAUAGAGAGCUAUGGCUACACCACAGACGACAUCGAGUUCUACUGGAAGGGAGGCGAGUCGGCUGUGACGGGGGUGACACGGAUUGAGCUGCCUCAGUUCUCCAUUGUCGAUUACAAGCUGGUGUCCAAGAACGUAGUCUUUUCCACAGGUGCCUACCCUCGACUGUCUCUGAGCUUCAAGCUGAAGAGGAACAUCGGCUACUUUAUUUUGCAGACGUACAUGCCAUCAAUCCUAAUUACCAUCCUCUCCUGGGUGUCCUUCUGGAUAAACUAUGAUGCGUCAGCAGCCAGAGUGGCUCUAGGGAUCACCACUGUGCUAACCAUGACCACUAUCAACACUCAUUUGAGGGAGACACUCCCAAAGAUCCCCUACGUUAAGGCUAUCGACAUGUACCUGAUGGGCUGCUUCGUCAUGGUCUUUCUGGCCCUGCUUGAGUACGCCUUCGUCAACUACAUCUUCUUCGGGAGGGGCCCACAAAUGCAAAAGAAACUGGCAGAGAAGGCAGAAAAGGCCAACAACGAGAGGGCGGCUAAGUACGAAAAAUCUUCAUCUCCUCAGGAGGCAGGUAGUAGGACCGCGUCCCUAAAACGGUCCAAUCAGGUUAAAGGUCUUCGCCACUCACGCUCGCCACAUGGUCAUGGGAACAUUCUGCUGACCACCCUGGAAAUCCAUAAUGAAGUGGCAGGAGGUGAGAUCACCACCAGCGUGGCAGACAUUAGGAACUCUCAGUCCAUGGUGCAGCUGGACAGCACUGCCUCAUCGCACAUCCAGUAUCGCAAGCAGAGUGGCGGAAUCGGUCCAUGCUCUGCUAGCCGUCACUCCCUGGACCGCUCCGCUCAGAUGAAACGCAGCCGCCUGCGGAGGCGGUCCUCGCAGUUAAAAAUCAAAAUCCCCGACCUGACGGAUGUAAAUGCCAUUGAUCGCUGGUCACGGAUCAUCUUCCCUUCCGUGUUCUCAAUCUUCAACCUCAUCUACUGGCUCUACUAUGUCUGAUUGGACUGUUUUGUUGAGGUGUUUUAUUCUGUUUUGUUUUUUUGUUGGGGUUUUUUGUGACUUUUUUCAUUUCAUUUGUUUUUCUUCCUUUUCUCUGUUGCUUUUAUACAUGAUGGAAUCUGCCACGUUGAAGACUGUAACACAAUAAGACAAAAGUGAAAAAGAGACUGAGAAAAGACUACUGAGUUUUGGACCAAGUUCUCAUUUAAGUUGUUUUUAUAUUUGCAGUCUUUGAACCCUUAGUACCGAGUUCUUUUUAUUUUUGAAAGUAUGUACUGUAAUUGGGAUUUGUGACAGUCAUUUCCCAACACAUUUGCCCUCUCAGUAAUGUGUAAAUAGCAAGAUACAAAGCCAGCAAUUGAAUAAAUAUUACAGUAUUUGCAAAAAAAAAAAAAGAAACAAGAACCAGUUAAGUUAAAGAUUUUUCUAAUCAAAAAAGUAAGAAAUCUUUAUACUACACAGGUGAUCAGAUAAGUGCAGGCAACUCCUAGAAAUCCAUUACCCUAUGCACUAUUAAUGCAUGUAAUGAUCAGCCGUAGUAGAAAAAUAAUGAGUACUUUUUGCCUUGGGUAAUACCACAACUUCACAGCAACAAACCAAUGUGUGUUUGUUUAUAGCAUUAAUAAUAUACUUCCUACUAAAUACAAUUUAUCAUGCAUUGAACUGGUAAACCUUUACCCAAACACAAUAACUUCAAACUCUUAACAUCCCCCAGGUCACUGGGAACACAUUUAGGGGUAGGUUUAGGCUAAUAUCUACCCUUUUUUAAAGACUUUAUCACCUACUUGGAACAUCCAGAAAAAAACUGUACGGCUUAAAUGAAUGUACUUCAUUUGAAAGGUAACAUAGUUUCUUCAAAUGUGCCCAUUUCCUAUGUUGAUUAAACAGAACCCUAGAACUGACCCUAGACUGACCACCGAUGACCAGCUGGAGGUUAAGAGUUUGAAGCGGAGGUUUUUGUCCUCUGUUCAGAAUGAUUAUGACUCAGGUUCUGAAUUUUUUGGGUGUCUUUUUCUUAAAAACCAAACAAAAAAAAUGUCGCUGAAAUAACUUUUUUGGUCAUUUGAUAAGGGGAAUAGAAAAUAAUAAGCACAACUCUGACAACUGCCAUUUCUUUCCUCUUCUACCUUCAACCAACAACACUUUUCAAGUGAUAGCAUGACAGAAUUGCACUUAAAUUUCUCCAACAUUCUAGAAAAACUGUUUAAGAAAACUGCCAAGGGCCUUUUGGGCAAUACAGUUAUUACUUAUCUCAUGAAAUAUUAUGAUAUUUUUGUACUCUGCGUCUUGAGGUCUUCAUUUGAGUUCCUAACCUAUUCUUGUUUUCUUUUGCGCCAUCUCCGUUGUGGUAAUAGAAUAAAAGACCCAUUUUUUGUACAUAAGUUCAUAGGUGUGUAUAUACAUAAAUGUGUAUAUGUAUAUAUACAUGUAUAUAUAUAUCUAUAUAUAGCUAUGAGAGGUGGAAUCAAAAAGUUCCAGGGAUGGGCCUCUGAAAAUCAAAACUCUUGCUCAUUUUAAAUUUGGGUCAGUAGACUUUAGUUCAAGGUUAUCUUCUCACGUACCAUUCACUGUUAACAGUGCAUUUUUAGGUCACUUAACAGAAGUCCUGUGUUUCUCUAUUGCUCACUGGAUCCACUCAAGUAUCUCAACAUUUCAGAUUGAUUUUCUUUUACAUAAUCUGGACGAAGCAAAUCUAGCAAACAGAUUUGCCAGAUUUGCAAAUCUAUUUGCAAAUCUGGCAAAUAUUGUGUUGAUGUUUUGCAUUUUGAAUGUACUUAGUGCUGACACACACCACAGUUUUUGUAGUUCAAUGCUAAAUGUUCUGCAUUGAACCCCUCAAGACAUUACCAUAGAUGUCUGCAUUGACCAGCUGAUCCCUGGACAAAUUCUUGUUGCAAAAACCAGUGAAUUCCAACAAAAUGUAUGACAGUACCCCUUCUGUCAUGACUGACAUGCCAGGUGGUUGAAAGCUGUGUACUUCUAUUCAGAACUUCCCACUAGUAAUCAGCUACCCAACUCUCAUCACCAGUGAUGACAAUUCCAAUACUUACUCCACAAUAAGUGUUUCGAUGAAAAUCACUGUGUUGGGUAAUUAACAAAUCUACAAGGCAUGUGAGAUGACAGUAUGUCACCAGUUCUGUAAGACAACAAUCACGCUGAGUCAUGGUACAGGCAAUUGUGCGUAGUGUACACCUAAGGACAGAAUUUCUAGGCAUAGCCAGGUGGCAGAAAGCUUCCACUUUGGUGCCCUCAGAAUCUCAUCACUGCUUUUUGCAGAUGAUGUGGUUCUGUUGGUUCUAUGAGAUGUGGGUCUCAUGGUCGCACUGGAGCAGUUCGCCAGUUGAUCUAUGUCCCUACCCUCACCUGUGAUCACAAGCUGUGGAUACAAGCGGCAGGAAUGAGUCUAUUCUGAACUACUGUGUUAAUGCAGCCAGGGAUAUAACCACCAACCUAAACUGUGAGUUAGUGGAAAGCCUACUCUACAGCCACCCCUAAUUAAAUUGCCCAACUUUAAUAAAUUAAAAACCACAAAUCGGCAGUACAAAAAAGUCUUUUGGUCUCUAUGAAUAGUUUGCCACUUCAUCAGCAACACUAAAUGGGGCUAAUUUUCUUAUAACUCACCUACCUGGAUAAUUGUUUUGGGCUCAAACCAAUGAUCACAUUGUCUGUCAGUUCUUGUGAUUGGACUCUGUGGGGCCUCAUCUACUUCUUUCAGUCGUUAAAUUGGACUGCUUCACUGUAGGUGUCUUCAUGGCGCCUUUUUGAGGCAUGUUAAUUGGUUAUCUGAUGCUUUGCUGUGAGGUAGAGACCUUUCAAGCAGUUCAACCAAUAUAAUUUAUGAACACAACCAGCUAGCUGGCAUUAGCUGCUAACGUAGGACUCCAUCUUUUUAUUCAUUCAUUUCUGGCUCCAGAAACAAACAUGGCAACUGCUAAAACAUUAACAUUAAAGCUCCAUAUUUGACACCCAUAACCAGUGGUGACAAAAAUGAUCAUCCAUGGUGCCAUGUUUUAGUCCUUUGACAUGUAUAUACGCUUAAGAUGUGCUGUGAAAAUGACCUUGAACAGUAGAUCAGCCAAAUUAAACUCUGGUAUGGAUUUUGAUUUUUUCGGGAGCCUGUUCCCAGAAGUUUUUCUUCACAUCUCAUAUAUCUCUGCGUGUACAACCCAAAAAUGAACAUGAUCUUUUUGUGAUUGUCAUACUGGCAAUUAACAUAAUUUAGUAGAAAGAAUUAAACUAACAGAUCUGUUUCACGCAUCCGUUUAGUUUUGAGCAUUUGUGGGGCACUCUGAAGACAUUCCUACCCAAUAACUCCACUCAAGACACUGUAUGUUCAGCUGUGCUGAGUGAUGCAAAUGGAUUCCAUAGAGCCCGAAGAUGGACCAAGAUAACCGAUCUGUCGUGUAAACAAAAGCACAUACUAGUAUUGAAUGUAUCAGAUCCAUUCUUCAGGGAGAGGAUAAUGAGCCAUGAUCAUCAUUUUUCCAUCAGAAUGUAACACCCAUUCCUACAUUGUGAGUGACAAAUAGAAUAGAGUGAGAAAGUAAAAAGAUGGUGCUUUACUAGUGUGUGCAUGUGCAUGUGUGAUGGAAAGUGGCUAUGGAGCCACUGAAAGAGGAAUGGCAUUGGUAGAUCAUUUGUUUUCUUGCUGCUUGCUCAACUAUGGACAAAUGUCAACAUAUAAUAGUUCUCUGGAUUAAAAAUAGCUCUACUGUCAGACUCUUUUGACAAACUGUGUGCCAUUCCACCUAAGGUCGCAGAGCCAUCAACCAGUUAUAACUUGAGGAUGUACAUUUGAAGCAUUCUUGAUCAAUCGCAGAUACAUGGAAUACAUCCACUGUUUGUGCAUGUACAAGAAUACAUGUAGAGAAAAAAAAAGGUUCCUUUUUAACCGUGAGUUUGUUGACAGAAUACAAUCAGUGAAAAAAUGUAAAGUUUUCUUUGUACAGGUUGAUAUAUGACUAAGAACUGAAUGUAUUGUACUUGGAUUGUUUCUGCACAAUUGCAGUUCGCUUACUGGAAAAAGGAUUGACCUCAGUACUGAUUAAUAUAGAGCUCUUGUGACCCCAAAUCACAUUUUCUGCUGUGUAUACAGGCCUGGAGGCAAAUAAGACCAGGGUACAAGAAAGAAAUGGCAGCGAAAUAAUACAUAAGUCUGCUUAGGCAUGAAGUUAAGGAAAAUGUAUGCUUUUAUGCAACCUAACAAGCAUCUACCCCUACAAAGUAGCUCCAGAGAUGACCUGAAACAGACAUUCUGCUUCCCAUUAUAAUAAUAACAACAAUAAUAAUGGUAUUAUACUAAAAUUAUCUGCAGUCCAGCCAGAAGCACAACAGAGGGUGUGUGUAAGAUGGUCUCCAAUAGGAAUUGUAAUUAAUGGCGCUAAAUGGUUUUAAUAGUUGCAUAUGCUUAUGCUUCAAGAGAAAUAAACCCAGAUAUUUAUUUAUUACAUUUUGCAAAUACAGUAUCUGUAAUAUUUUUGCUGAAAUCUGUGAAAAAAAUAAAAAAUGGAAAUAUUAUGUUUUUGUCAUAAGCCAGUCAAAAAGAACAAACAAAAUUUACACUUUUGGGCCCUGUUCAUUCUGGACCAUUACCUGAUCGUAAUAUAAUUCCAGGUAGCAAAAGCUUUUAAAUAUAUUAGAAGUUCUAUGGUAACUCUGUGAAGUAGUUCAUCUGGUAUUGGACAUGUCUUCCCCUUGAAGGCGAAAUCUUUCCAAAAAAACUUUACCCGACGGUGUGUUACCAGCACAAAUGGAGACUACAAAAUAUUUUUGGAAAUCCAGAAAAUAUUGCUCAAUCAUCAAGUGAUUUACAGUAAUGUGGGAACAAUUUUAUUUCACUCAGAUACAAAUUUGUCUCCACAUCGUCUUCGUGAAAUUGACUAGACUUUGUAUGUAAUUGCGCUACAUGUUGUUUUGCAAUGAACACACAGUAAAAGAAAAUGUCUUUGACUUUGGUCUUGGUCACAGAGCAUUGUUUGGGAAUAUCUUGCAUUAAUGCAAAAAAGUAAUGAAACCAGUCUGCCCAAAGAAGAUUCAAACUGCUUUGUGUAGUUUGAAGGACAAUAUUUCUACCCAUAUAAUGUUGAUGAAGCUUCAGUCUAGUGUAAAUAAGACUGAACACGGAAGCUAAAGAAAAAACCUUUUACAACACGAGUCUAAAAAGAUCUUCCUGACUAACUGGUUUGCUUUGAAUGACUUAGGAUCAUGUGCUGGCAUUACAACUGGUCAAUGUGUGAGUCAUUUUUUUUUUUAAAUUACUGAACUACAAAGUGCAGUUUAAGAGUAAAAGAAGGCAAGUGUUAUAAACUCUAGAUACCUGUUUAUCAUGCAUGCAACUACAAUUCGUAACUUUGGAGAAUUAAAAAGAAAAAAAAAGAUUUAUUGCAAACUCAUUUAUAAGAGCUGUCAGCUGCUCAUUUUAGAAAUGACACAAUGCCGUGUGAGCCUACAUCUAAUAAAUAAAUAAAUAUUAAAAAAUAAAAUAAAAAAAUAAAAAAAGUCAUUGAAUACUUCAGGUGUUGUAUGGCCUUGGUCCCAUAAUGGAAUGUGAAAUGUUCUGUGCUGCCACAAAAUGUAUUUAGGCUUAGAUUUAUACUGUAUAUCUCUGUAUGUUUCUCUUCCUUUUUCGGUAGAUUUCCAUGUUAAAAC